AUGAUCAUUGUCGAAAUGAAAUCCUAUUCAGUCAAGUCGGAAUAUCACUGCCCUCAAUAGUGGCUAUUCAAAUGGGAGUAGUUUGAACUUUGGAUAAAGGAAACGCUUAGAUAUAAAGCCAACGAUUCAGACAAAUAAAAUACUCAAUCAAUCAAGUCAUGUAUGACUUUAUAACUUUUAAAAAUUACAUAGAUAGCAGAAAUAGGUAAAAAGAUGAAGUUCUACAAUGAUUAAGGGGUUAAACGAAUAGAUCCUAUGAUUUUAAGAGACCUCCAAAUGAGAGAAACAACUUAUCAGGACCUCAAUAACACCAAUUAUUAAUAAACUCUGAGCUCCAAAAUUUAAGAUUCUUCAAUGUUACCAUAAGAAGAAGGAAAUCAAAUUAAUUAGACCUCUGAUCUGCAAAAUUUUAAUAAUAUACUCUCAGUAAGCAGAUUAAAUAGCGGAACAUCCUACAGACUAAACUCAAAUAACAUCUAUGGAAACUAAAAUGAGAUAGGGUCAGCCUAAAAUUACUACUCCCAAGUUAAGAUGGCUUUAAACUAGAGCAACAGUAAUAUAAGCAAUGAUAACGGUAACAAAGGAUUGUUGAAUAUGACCAAGAAAAGUCAUAAGAGAAUGGGAAAUUACAGCACACUUGAUUAAGGUUUAACGAAUACGCUACUUAACAACCAUGCUGAAAUGAUAAUACCUGUAAAAUUAAAAAAGAUUCCAUUUGAAGCUGCUUUUGUAAAUACAGACUUAUAUGCAGAAUAAUGA